ACAAAAAUCACUUAUUUAUUUACCUAACGUAUGUACAAAAUUAGUGCCAGUGAAAAUGAAAGCUGUGAUAAUUCUACUACCUCUCCUGCUACUAAUGGUAGUCAGUGCCAAUGGAAGAAUCGCGAGCGAUAAUGUGACAGACGUUGUGACCAAUGCUAUUAGCGAUGUAAAAUCGAAUUCUGACGAACAAAUUCAUAUAGAUUUACCUGUCCGUACCACGGAGGUGCCUGCAAACCAAACGGACUUCUUGAAUGUUAUUAUGACCACGAUCGAUUUAGUACAAUGCGGAAACGGUUCAGAAAUAACAGACAAUACAAUAGAUUCUAAAGAGAGCGAACCUUGUGUACCUGAAGCGAAAGCAGAUAACGGCACGGCGUUAAUACUGACUCCGUAUUUGAAAGAAAAUCGCACAUUAGACGCGCGUAAUGCUAGUAGAGUCAAUCCAGAAAUUUUCAUGGGAAUGGAAAGCUAUUCAGGGUUUAUAACCGUGAAUGAAACGUACAACUCGAAUAUUUUCUUCUGGUAUUUCCCCGUGGAGAUGAAGCCGGUGAACGAAACGCCGUGGCUUAUUUGGUUGCAAGGAGGGCCUGGAGCGUCGAGUAUGACAGGAUUGUUCGACGAGAUAGGACCGUUUUUUGCUGACUCACAAGGACGUUUGAGACGCAACCCGUACACGUGGCUCCGCAACCACUCGCUGCUGUUCAUCGACAAUCCGGUCGGCACAGGCUUCAGCUUCACCAGCCACGAAGACGGAUACGUCACCGACAUGGAAACAUACUCGGCGCAUCUGUACGAGGUGGUCCGGCAGUUCCUACAGAUGUUCCCCGAGCUGCGCGGGGCGCCGCUCUUCGUGGCCGGCGAGUCGUACGCCGGCAAGUACGCGCCGGCUCUUGCUACAAUGAUACAUCGACACCUCACCGAUCAAGAUGGGAAUAUCAAUCUACAGGGUGUGCUGGUGGGCAACGGGUACGUCGAGCCGGCGAUGAUAACGCAGAUGCUGACGCCGUACUACUACUUCGGACUGCUUCAGGCCGACCAGAUCGAAAUAGUGAAGCCGCUGCUCACGGCCUUCCAGAAUGACAUCGCUGCUAAUAACAGUGCUGCUGCGAAAACUAAAUGGAUCGACCUAGUGACCGUUCUUAUGAUUCUGACGCACCAGAAGCACGUAUACAACUUUCUGCAAGACGAAAUCCCGAUCGGUCGAUACGUGCGGUUCCUCAACACGACCGAAGUCAAAAGGGCGCUGCACGUGGGAGACAUAAAGUUCGGUUUCGUGAAUAUGACCGUUAAUAGCAAACUGAACGCGGACUUUUUGAGCAGCGCCAAGCCGCUGUACGAGGAGCUGCUGGACAAGUACCGGGUGCUGCUUUACUGCGGCCAGCUGGACCAGAUGCUGCCGUGCGCGCUGACGUCGGAGAGCUACCGCGCGUGGCGCUGGCGCGAGGCGCGCGCCUUCGCGCUGGCCGAGCGGCGGCCGGUGCUGUGCGGCGAGCGCCUGGCGGGGUACGCGCGCGCCGGCGGCCGCCUCAGCGAGGUGCUGGUGCGCGGCGCGGGCCACCUGGCGGCGCGCGACGCGCCCGCGCCCGUGCAGGCGCUGGUGGCGCGCUGGACGCACGCGCAGCCGCUGGCCGCGCCCGCGCCGCUGCUGUCCGCCGCCUUCCUGCACGAGUUCGUCCGCAACCACUCCGCCCUGCACUACCUCACAACAUUAGCGAUAGCGCCAACAGCAGCGGCCACGUCGGCUCUUCUUUUAACGCCUUUCAUAAAAUUAAAUCAAACUGCCGAAGCACGCAACAGGUCUUUAGUCACUCCUGCGCUGUUCCUCGACACCACCAGCCAUUCAGGUUUUCUCACCGUCGAUGAAGAAUAUAACUCCAAUACAUUCUUCUGGUAUUUCCCUGUGAUCAACAAACCGGUUCCCGAGACGCCCUGGAUCAUAUGGCUACAAGGAGGUCCAGGCGCCACUAGUCUAUAUGGUCUUUUCGAUGAAAUCGGACCAUUUGAAUACACCAAUAAUGUGCUGAAACUGCGCGAAUGGUCCUGGAGCAGACAACAUUCGAUGUUGUUCAUCGACAAUCCCAUCGGAGCCGGGUUCAGCUUCACCGGCAGCGAACAAGGGUUCGCGACUAAUUCGUCCACGUACAGCAACCACCUGUAUAGCGCCGUCCAGCAGUUCCUGACAAUCUUUCCAGAACUCCGCUCGGCUCCCCUGUAUAUUGCGGGAGAGUCGUACGCUGGACACUACGUACCCGCCCUCGCUGUAAAGAUUAAGGACAACACUGACGAGAAUAGAAGUAUUAAUUUACAGGGUAUAAUCCUGGGCAAUCCAGUGCUAGAUCGGGAGGACAUAGAGAAUGUGACUGCCGUGUUCCAUCAAUGGGGUCUAAUCGACACGCAGGGUGCGCUCGCUGUGCGACCUCUGCAGGACGCGUACGUCUCGGCAAUACAGAGGGGCGAAUAUGCGCAGGCGGCUGAGUUUCGUAACACAUUACUGGACAGACUAAGCGAUUUGUCUCUGCAAAAACAACUCUACAAUAUCCUCGUGGACGAUUAUGAUAUUAACGAGUUCGAAGAAUACUUGCGCAGGGAAGAUGUGAGAGAAGCGUUACAUGUGGGGGACGUAGAGUUUACCGCUGACAACGGCACUGCGCGCAGCAAGCUGUUGCCUGAUUUCCUGUUCAAAUUAGAGUCCAAGAUAGAAGAGUGGUCAAUUGGAUCUCGUCGCCCCGUGCGCGCCGAGCGCCGGCGCGCGCCGCCGCUGGCGCUGGAGCCGCCGCCGGGACUUCCUCGCGGCGCCUCGCGUGCCGUGGAGCUACGACGAGUCCGUGGCGGGGUAUGCACCCGCGCGGUGGGCACCAUUAUCUACGUGAAAAGCGGAGGCGGCUUCACUGAGGCGCUCGUUCGAGGCGCAGGUCAUCUAGUCCCCAUAGACAAACCGGCCCAGGCUUACAGGCUCGUGUCCUACUUCAUCAGACGCUUGGACAUGCCUUUGCCAGCUAACUACAAAUCGCGACCAGACGACACUCCAGACUUACUUGCCGUUAGAGAUCAGCCUCAUCAGGAUCACACGAACACCGGAAUGAUAAUAAGCAUUGCGAUAAAUGUCGCUUUAGUCGCGGCUUUGAUUGUCGGCGUCGUGUCGACUUCGCGUAAAGUUAAUAUGGCCAACCUAUACAUAGAGCAGAUCUGCGAGCGUGUAAGAAUCUACGCGCGUCGUCCUGGCGCGGACGCACCGUGGGAGCGCGCUUAUGCUAAACAGGUCAUUGUUUUACGACGCGCGACGUGUGUAGUCAAGUCUGAGAUGGCGGUCAAAAUUGAAAUCUCAUGGCAUCUAUCUUUGUUACUAUGCGUCCACGCAGUGACGAGUGCAGACUUCACGCUGCCGAAUUUCCAAGGCAAGGCUCCAGAUACUAUUCUCAAUUUUAUGGAACGCGUGUACACAGGCGGCCGCGCGCGGACCACCAUCGACGCCGGGGACCCGCUCCUCCUCACACCUUACAUCGAAAACAACAGGGUGAACGAGGCGCGCGAAGCUGCCUACGUCAGUCCCGACUAUUUGUUACCUGACAUGGACAGCUACGCUGGAUAUUUGACUGUCAACAAAAAGUACAAUGCCAAUCUCUGGUUCUGGUACUUUCCGGUGACAGACAAACCAGUGGAGAAUACUCCCUGGAUCAUCUGGCUACAAGGAGGUCCUGGGGCCUCGUCGUUGUAUGGCCUCUUCACUGAAAUAGGACCCUUUGUCGUAACCAGCGAUAACACUUUGGAAGAACUUCAAUAUUCGUGGGGCAAGGACCACUCGCUGCUGUUUAUCGACAACCCGGUGGGCACGGGCUUCAGCUUCACCGAUGACGACCGCGGCUACGCCACCAACCAGACGACGAUCGGAGAGAACCUCUACGAUGCUCUCCAACAAUUCCUGACGAUAUUUCCGGAGCUGCGCAAAGCUCCAUUGACCAUCGCGGGAGAAUCUUACGCCGGAAAACAUAUACCUUCAUUAGGCAUUCAGAUCCUACGAAAUCGAAUGAAGGACGAAGCCAUCAAUUUACACGGUUUAGCAAUCGGGAAUGGCUUUAUCGACCCUCUGACGCUGCAGCGGUACAGCUACUUCGUCCGCGAGGUGGGCUUAGUGGACGAUAGGACUGCUAACUUCAUGAAACACCUGGAGUCCACUAUCAUGGAGUUCAUUAAAGCUGGGGACAUGCUGAAGGCCUAUGCUUACUACAACUAUCUCCUCCAAAUGUUCAUGACGGAGUCUCGCCUUACCAACAUAUACAAUUACCUCCAAGAUGACAUCAGCCUCGAGGGCGCUUACAUAGAUUACGUACAGAGCAACGAAGUUAGGCGUGCAUUACAUGUUGGAGGAACUAACUUCACAUCUAUCGGAGUCGUGUAUAGGAAGCUUGUUGGAGAUUUCAUGGGUAGCGCUAAACCCUGGCUUGAAGAGUUACUGGAAAAUUAUAAAGUGAUGCUGUACAACGGGCACUUAGACAUCAUAGUGGCAUACCACCCGUCGGUGAACACCUACGAAGCGCUCAACUUCUCCGCCGCUGUGGAGUUCAAGAACGCGUCGAGAAAGCCUUGGUAUCACGAAGAAACCUUGGCCGGGUAUUAUAGAACAGCGGGUAACCUACUAGAAGUCAUGGUCCGCGGGGCAGGACACAUGGUGCCGGCCGACCGGCCCUCGGCUUCCCUCGGCCUCAUUAUGGCCUUUUCUCGCGGCGUGGGUCUGCACUUAGACACUGGCUCUCUUGUCAAUGAUGUUAAUAAAAAAGCCUUGAAGAGACAUCGUGUGCCGAGUGUUGAUAAGGCAAGUCUUAAACAUUCUACGGCAUAGUUUCCACAGCCACAUAAGCAGUACUGUGUAGGCACAUCUAUUUUUUGUUUGUCCAAUUUUUAUAAGCACAGGAUGUUUUUUUUACUGUUUGUUAAAAUAAAAGACCAGUUUUCGCGUUUAAGAAGAUUGUUUUACUGUUACUUACUG